AUGAGUGACCUCCAACGAAAGCGACGGCAUGACGGUAAUGCUGGAGCGCCUUUCGUCUCUGCGCUUAGCUUAUCCAAUGGGAGCCCUGAGUUAGAGUGCCAAAAGCUUGUGCCCUUGCCUGCAAGUAAAGUUCAUAUUAUAUGGAGCUUUAGUAAGGACUUUGGUUCAAGUGGCUUGCGUCUGAAAACUGCUAUAGCACGAUUCCACCAAUGGGGAGCUCCGUUCAUAUAUCCACAAGCUGGUCCUUACGUUACGGUGAAGUUGGUUAAGGAUGCUGAGACUCUCGAAGAAGAAAAUGAGGGACUAGAAAGGCUGAAACAAGCUGGGGUCAUGGUCUCAAGGCUUCGCGGCUUUGGAGGCUGGAAGGGAUUUUCUGGCAAUCUUAACUACUACGGCUGGGUUAGAAUGACGGUUGCAGUCCUGAAGGAUAGAUUACUUGAUGCUUUGAAUAGAAUUGCGGAUAUCAUGAAGUACGAGGAGAAGGAAGGUAAUCACUCUGUAGUUACUCAAGAUGAAUGUGACUGA